AUGAGCAAUCACAGUCUGCUGCUUCAGGUGCCUCCUUCGUUCCUGGUCCAUCUUGUGUACCUCGUUUCCCUGAACCUGGCGUGCAAUCAAACGUCACUCAACACUAUGUUGUUCAGCCAGAUCAGGCAGAGAGCACAGGCUGUGCUGUACGAUCCACUUGGGCCUCAUGGACACGCAGUGCCCUACACACAGGCUUAUCAUCAAACUGUUUCUUGGGUGGCUGCUCAGCAGUCUCAAUACCAACCUCAUCUUCAAAUAGCACCUCCCACUCAGCCCUUUGCCGUUCCACGCCCUCUAUCUCCACCAAUCGCGGGCCUGUGCAUUAGCUGUAUAGAAAACGUCGAGUCUGUUGGAAGACUUCAACAAAGUCAGCCAAACUAUGGCUUAACCGAAGAAGAGGUCAUGGGUACGGAGACAUGGCAUUUCGUCGUUGAAUCUUACCAAAAGGCACAACGACUAGUCAACAACUGGAUUGAAUUUAUGAGUGCACUCAAUCCUUUCAACACUCGUUUCGCCUCCGUUGACUUCCCGAGUUUCCCAUUCCACCUCGCUCUUCCACCUUACUCCAGCCCUCCGGAUAUCAGCAUCGAGCCAAUAGUGGAAGAAGUCUACCGAGAAAUGAUGAUGCGCAAAGUGCAUACAAUGAUCCUUAAGACCAACGCUGAGAUUCAAGCCAUUGAAAAUCGGUUUGCUGUGGAGGGUUCCGCCUACUAUGAGAACAACCCUAAUCGCUUCGUCAGCCAUGCAUCUGCCCACGACCCGUUCACAGUCGAGCCACUUGGCGAUGUUCCAGAAGUCAUCCACCCACUAUUGCGUAAUCGCCCUCAAAGUGAGAACUAUGUCAUGCCAAAGUCAAAGGUCAGCAGGGCGGUGCGAAACAGCAUCGACAUCCGGGACGCUCAGAACAGGUCCCCCACCCCGGCGUCUAGAUCCAUGCACGAGAGCAGUCUCCUUGAUGCAAACAUGGCUACAUCUAUGGACAUCGACGAAGCAAUCGAAACUGGUCGAUUCGCAGUCACUGGUGACACAACCGACGAUGACGCAGAGGGGGAGACCGAGGACGAUUGCGACACCCUGGUAUACCCAAGCUCGAUCACAGAUCGAAGCCCCAUGGCUAUGAGUGGCACUCCCGCUCUGACUAUCGACAACACGCCAUCUCGUGCCACGGUCAACUCCAUCGCAACACCUACCACGGCCCCGAGAUCGCGCAAGCGUCAGCGCGUCGUGGAUCCUUUGCCUGAGCGUUGGCGUAGCGCGUUAAGACCUCGCCAGCACAUGCGUGAAGAGUCUAUGGAUGGAUUGUACCUUGACUAG